AGAGAACAUCAGAAAUUACUUGUGUUGCUUGGUAUGUUUGUGAUUGGUUCUAGUACACAUAAUAAGGGGAAAAAGAAGAAAUGUUUUCAUCUUUAAUUCAAGACUCAUCCCCAGUUGCCUAUCCUUGGUCAGAUAAAAACAAUUUUUGUGUUUCUUGUACAGCUUUGAGUUGCUGUGCUUGUUGUGAUACAGAAGCUGCUAUAUUUGCAUUUAAAACUCAGCUCGAAGCUCAAUUGCUUUCUCACUUCUACUUCAGACAAGGAUUGUUCAGUUUUGUUGAGAUCUUUCUGCCAUUGGACGAAAAACAAGUAGCAGUUAGUCAAGCAAUGCAACUUUCGACGUUGAGCCGGGGGUCUCUUUGGAAACAGCCUCUCUACUUUCAAGUAGGGGCAAGGGCUAUAAGACAGCGCGGAAUGCAUAGUCAAGAGUACUGAGAGUCUCAUCCAAGCAUUGAAGAGAUGGAGAAACUGUGGCUAUUAUGCAGGGAACAUGCCCGGAGUGAUCAGCCAAUGCAUUGAUGACUCUGCCUAAUUACCUCUGUGGCACCGGAGCGCAAGAUGUUCUCAGAUCCAGCGAGAUCCACAAG